AGAAUAAUGAAGGUGUUUGUGUAUAUAAAGAGCAGGUUCACCAGACACCCCUUAGUCACUCCGAGACUCAAGAAGCUCGUGUUCCAGGUAAAUAGCAAGCACAUCCAUAGACCUCAACCAUGUGCGACGAAGAGGAUGCGGCGACCCUCAUCUGCGACAACGGCUCCGGUCUUGUCAAGGCUGGCUUUGCCGGCGACGAUGCCCCACGUGCUGUCUUCCCCUCCAUCAUAGGCCGUGCUCGUCACCAGGGUGUGAUGGUCGGUAUGGGUCAGAAGGACGCCUACAUUGGUGAUGAGGCCCAGAGCAAGAGAGGUAUCCUCACCCUCAAAUACCCUAUCGAGCAUGGUAUCAUCACCAACUGGGACGACAUGGAGAAGGUCUGGUACCACACCUUUUACAACGAACUCCGUAUUGCACCAGAGGAGUGCCCCACCAUGCUUACUGAGGCUCCCCUUAACCCCAAGGCCAACCGUGAGAAGAUGACUCAGAUUAUGUUCGAGUCUUUUUCAAUGCCCGCUAUGUACGUCUGCAUCCAGGCUGUCCUCUCCCUCUACGCCUCUGGUCGUACCACUGGUGAGGUCUGCGACUCUGGUGAUGGUGUUUCUCACAUGGUGCCUGUUUAUGAAGGAUUCGCCUUACCCCAUGCAAUCCUUCGUCUUGACUUAGCAGGACGUGAUAUCACAAAUUACCUUGGUAAAAUCAUGACCGAACGCGGCUAUUCCUUCACCACCACUGCCGAGCGUGAGAUUGUUCGUGACAUAAAAGAGAAGCUCUGCUACAUUGCUCUGGACUUUGAGGGCGAGAUGAACACAGCAGCUGCUUCUUCCACCGUCGACAAGUCCUAUGAACUUCCUGAUGGCCAGGUCAUCACUAUUGGAAAUGAGCGUUUCCGUGCCCCAGAGUCUCUUUUCCAGCCUUCAUUCCUUGGUAUGGAAGCUGCUGGAAUUCAUGAGGUCGUUCAUACAUCCAUUAUGAGGUGUGACAUUGACAUUAGGAAAGAUCUUUUAGCCAACGUUGUCAUGUCUGGUGGCACCACCAUGUAUGCUGGCAUUGCUGAUAGAAUGCAAAAGGAAAUUACUUCUUUGGCGCCAUCCACAAUUAAAGUAAAGAUUAUCGCUCCCCCUGAGAGAAAGUACUCAGUCUGGAUCGGUGGUUCCAUCCUUGGGUCUCUGUCGACCUUCCAGGCCUUGUGGGUCACCAAGGAAGAGUAUGAAGAAUCUGGACCAGGAAUCGUUCACAGGAAGUGCUUUUAAAUCACUGAGGGGAAACUAGAAUGAAAGCAUCCACCUAUAUUAGUACUGAUUUAACAGUGACGAUUCUGAAGAAACUAUUUUUUAUGACCAAAAGUAUGAAUAAAGACCGCUAAUUUGGGACUAUUUUGUUUAUUCCACCUGAGCCGUAUGCUCCUCACUCAAGCAUGUAAAACCACUGUGCCUAUAACCAUAAUAAACAAUACAAACAUA